UAUUCGCACUUGCAGUUGGCAGUUGUGUUUAUCGGCGGUACAUUUCGUUUGUCAGCCUGCUCUGUAGUUUGCUCAUUGUUGCAGUGAAGUUGGCGAUGAGCUGCCAAAAUUAAUGGGAAUGGUAGAUCUCCUCAAUGGCGCAAGAUGUAUUGGUCUGGUCGGACGUGUAUAACAAAAUGGCUGAGGAACCCUGCCUGCUAAAAGAAGACGGAUACUUGAACGCCGACACUGACCUAAAGCAGAUCGUCUAUCAUCCCACAUUGAACGUAAUUCUGAUAUGUACAAAUUCCGGGCUCGUCCGCGUGCUGGAUGUCAACUCCGGCUUAGUGUUGCAGUCGACCAGCCUGUCGGCUAAAAAUUGUUCAAACAUAUUCUGUCGAUACAUUCCUGGCCAGGAUAGAGUUUUGUUUUGUGAUGGGCAAUCACUGGGAGUGCGGUCAGAUUAUAAUGGGGUGCUGCUGCUGGAUACCAUCCUCCAGAAGACAAUCCCUGCUAUGCAUCAGAAUGCAAAAUUUGAGCUGCUGCUUACUGAGGCAAUCAUUCUCAGGCAGUGUUUGACACACUUAAGGGGGACAUCUUCAGGGGUAGAUUGUGUAUAUGAUGAGUUAACUUGUAAAAUACAAAAUGCUCAAAUGCAGAGCAAGAAGGGGAUUAAAGCACAGAAGUGGAACACAGUGUGCCUGCAAAUUCCAUUGGAAUAUGUUGGGUUUGUUACCAGCAAUCUGCUUAAUGAUCUGAUGCUGAAAAACCAGCACAAUCCUGAGAUCAGUGUGGUGUCUGCAAUGCAAGAGAGAGUGUCUGAACUGAUGGGCGAAACUGCCCAGGCGUCCAAUCGUCGUGCAAUGGCUAGUGAAGCCAAGAGAAGGGAAACAUUUGCCCAUUGGCCUCAUAUGGAUUACUUAUGGGCGCUCCCGGAUCAAAUGGCACAAGCUGGUUUCUACCACCAACCAAACUCUGCCGGCGACGAUAGAGCAAUGUGUUUUACAUGCACGGUGUGUCUAGUGAGUUGGGAACGAACCGACGAGCCGUGGAACGAACACGAACGUCAUUCACCUACGUGCCCGUUCGUAAUGGGCGAGUAUACGCAAAACGUUCCGCUCUCGGUGACAUACGCGACCAGUCCUGGAAUAGACUGCACGUACAGGGGAGCCCAAGUGAACACAAUCGGCACGAGUUCGGUGUCGCAUUUGAUCGCGACCGCAAAUCCCGAUGGCCUCAUCGCAGUCUACGACGUCUCCGGUAAGAUAAAGCGCACGCACGUCUUUUACGUGAAGACGUACGACUCGCAUCUGUUAGAAAAGUACACGCAAGAUUUCGGCCUGCCCGGUAUGCGCAAAGACGGCAUUGAUGACAAUUCCAUUCAGAAGAAAAUCACUGCGUUAACCAUUGUCGGUGAUAAAAACACCAAGCACAACAUACGUCCUACAAUAAUUUGUGGUAUAUCGAUUAAAUGCGGAGAGGAUGCGGAAGCGGAUAUGACUCUCAACGAGGCGAACGUAAACAUCAUGGAGGUCGACGAUAGUCAGGACUUCAAUUCGAAGAUUAGCUGUCUGUAUCUGGUCGUGUACGACUUUCAGUACACCAAGGAAGUGGAUCUGGAGUCACCGCGUGAAGUGAAAACUGCGCUGGCGCCACCUGAGGACAGCAGUGCCACUAACGCCGACAGUAUAACGAAGAAGCUGAUUAUUCCGAAGUUUGGCACCGAACUGUUUCAAUUGGAACAGGACUUUGAUGACUACAUGCUGAAGCAAGAACUCUCUCAGUUGUAUCACAGUAUCAUCCCGGGCGAAAGUGACGAGAUUUACAUACCCAAAUCGCUACCGACCAACAACAACAACAACACCAAACAACAUUCGGGACCGAGGAUGAUUUCGAUGGACGCGCAAAACAGCGAAACAGACGCGGCCCAGAUGACGUCGAUUAUCAUCCCAAUGAAUUGCAGCGCUUACCAUCAUACGCCGGUGACAAAUAUCGAGCCGGUUGAGAAGAGUAUAUCCGAUCACAUUGUGGAAUUGCAAAAUGCCGGCGUUGGGAAGAAGUUAAACUACUCGCGGGCGGUGCAGUGCAUUUCGAUACCACUGGCGUAUAAGAAUCGCCAGGAUUUGUGCGUGUCCGACAUCUUACCGACGCCUGACGGCAAAAGUGUAUUAGUUGUGUUGAAAUCAAUUUGUGAUAUUAAUAGCUCAGUGCUUUUAUUAUACGCCCUAAAUUUAAGUGGUAAGAUGGUAAAACUGCAAGAGGAGCCGACAGGCGUGCGCGAGCUUAACUUCAAUGAGACUCCUGUGGAAAUUAACGUUAUUAACUUUUUGGACAAGAAUGUUGAACACAAUGUUGUGGAAGGGUUGGCGAUUAUGGUAUGUGUUGAUGGGGCUGUGCGAGUCGUGGAACUGACCACAUUGACAACUGUCUCUCAGGCGAAGUUAGAUUCGCAAAAGUUCGUUUCUGCCGUAUACUGCAAUAGUUUGGAGCGUUUGUGUGCCUCAACCGAGCAGGGUUCAUUGCAUUUCUUUGCUUUGACUGACACAGAUGCUGAUUCAGUUGAAGAGCAUGAUGAUGAAGAAUGUUUCAAUCUCAAUGCGGAUAUGCCAAGCGUCAGUACACAGACCACAGAGUGCCAUGAAUCGAUUGAAGCAACGCGCUGUUUCCACGAACCACCUGAAUACAUCGUCUACACUGAAUUAAAGCGUCUCCGCCAAUUAUGCGAGUUUGAAGUAUUCAAAGGCGGCUACAAUCCGGUUGUGCCACCCUGCUGGACGGAGAUGCAUCAAGCGCAGCGUCAACGCCGCCAUCCGCAGCACCUGCAAUGCGAAAAAGAACAAAUCACCAAGUCUUUCCGCCUACAAACCGACACCACCACUUGGGAUGAGCAUGUUUUUGAAAUUACACUUCCGACACCGAUUAAUAUCGGCCAUGUGGAUGUCAGUUUUACACUGCACGGCUCUGCGCCCAAAGUUGAGUUUACUUUAUUACGACAGAACACUACCAGUAUUGGCCUCCGACGCGAAGUCACUUUUGCCGUGGAUGACACCGUCAGUUUUGAUCAACUACAGGGCAUUCAAAAUCCGGUAACGUCACAGGAGUAUCUCCGGUCGCAUAAUGCAGAAAUUUUAGCAGGGCCCAUCGCCAUUGAGACCUGUAUAGAUCUAUCGGAGCUGUCCGGAUGCGUAUCACUCACUAGUCCUAAACUAUUUAAGCUUCGCAAUCGUAAUUUAUUGCUGCACAUGAAAGCCGUGUGCGGGGAUGAUUCGAAGAGACCUCGGAUUAAGCGCUCGAUUGGCACAUCCGGGGAUUAUAUGGGUUGUGAUGCUUUACAUGAGAUUAGCAUCACGGUUUACAGCAGUAUGCAUACCGAUAUACCGCAUGAGCGAUCAUUACGUUGUUCCAUGCUAGAGUCUACAGCGUUUGUUUCAAAUUUGUUGCUGACCAUAACAGAGUACAAAACCAAAGAGGAGCAAGCAUUAGCUCUGGACAUUCUUAACUGGGUGGCAACGGUACGCAUGGCGCGGAAUCGCAAUACGAAUGGAGAAGCGCCGUCGCAGCAGGUGGAGCUUUUGACUGUGAUUGCAAGUUUUAUGACUGGACUCCUCAACAGCUGUAUUAUUCAUGGAUCUAGGAGUAUUGCGCAUACAUGUGUGAAAUUACUAGUUACUUGUUCUGAGGGUGCUGCUUUACUGACAGAUAACGAAACAUCCUAUGAUGAUUUCGACGAAGCUGUGCUCACUUCCAUUCUAGAAAUAUUAGACAAUAUUUACAGCAUACAGUCCUCUGGAUCUCUCCAUUGGCUGAUGACUUUGUUGAGCAAAGUAACGAAAAACGCCGACUUAGUUAAACAAAUUUCCAGCAAAAUAGUUGUGCUGUUGGCUAAUAUUGCCGAUCAAAUCACAGAGCGCAACAAUUCAUACCACCUGAUUCUCAGGAGUCGUUAUGGCCUCUACGGAACACCCCUAGAACCUGAAAUUUUCGAUAUUGACCUACCAGUACCUCAAAAGGGCAGUAGCACUACUAUAUCCUACGCUUCAGCAGUCGCUGGAGAUAAUCCGCCACAAAUGGCCGAUUUUCAUACAAAUUUUGCCUUCAAUAAGGAUCAUUUGGAUCCCAAGGAUGUAUUGCUUAAUUUAGGGGAGACCAAAACAAAACUCAAGAAUAUUGCACCGGCCAUGUUGUUUAGAGGCUUGUUGGAAACUGAAGCGUUGCAUUUUACCUGUGCAUCGGCGAGUGACGGCACUAGGGUCGAACGAGCCGAUGCUGGCACUGCCGGAGUCAUCCACAACUUCAUUCCGAUCAGCGUCUCGCAAUUCGGAUAUAGCGGCACUAAGAAAGUGGAAAUUGAACAACUAUUUCAGGAUUUUAAUCUGGUUUAUCCAGAUUGCAAAGUGGGUAAGCCGACUAUAUCCAGCCAUAUGGAAAAUGCAUUUGCAAACUACAAUGGUGAUACGGUUCUCUUAUUCAACGAAGAAGAAGAAGCUAAAUUAAAUGGAAUUGAAGAUAUUCCAGUGCCUACUCCACAAGAGACCACCGCAGCAAAAAUAAUUGCUGAAGAAACUCUCUUACCGCAUAAGUCUUUAGCGUGGCAACAAUUGCUGGUUACUCCACCUGCGCAAGUCAUCGUGGUAGAGCGCAUGCAUUCGGGCGCUAGGAGAUUUGUCACUUUAGACUUUGGCCAGCCUCUGAUUCUGACCGAUAUCUUCCUUCCAAGCUGUGCAGAAUUGCUUUCCAUCAGCAUUGAUAUUUGGCUGAAAGGAGAGGACACUGACGCGCAACGUCUGGUGCAUGCCACCGAUAUCGGCACGAAAAAUUUAGUCCUCAGUGAUCUCCAACCACCUCCGUUGUGUAGAUAUCUAAAGAUUACUGUUGUGGGUAGGUAUGGAAUGUCUCCAACCCGUUGUAGAAUCCCUGUCGGUUCUUAUUACGGUCACAUGAUUGUUCUCCCCGAUGAGGUGCCGCUUGAAUAUACGAGUGUUUUCCCAAGUACCAAACCACCAGAAUUAGAAAAACAACUUGGAAUUCUAUCUAUGCUCUUCGAGGAUGUAUCGUGCCGUUAUAGUCUUUCGUGCUUUAAAUUGAAACGACUACUGGAUCCGUUUUUGAUGUCUGAUACAACCAACACGGCGCAUUUGAACGCCUACAUGGACAUUAUGAAAGACAAGCAAAACUGUAGCAAUUCCGAGAAUGUAAAAAUUUUCAACGCGUAUCAAGAGGCUGUCACUUAUCAACGACAACUAAACGCAGUCCGAACAGUGAUGCGUCGAAUUGAAAGCACCCAAAAUAAUUCGUUGCCUAACAAGAUAGAGUCACCAGCUGAUGUUCCUAUUGAUAAACUGCGUGCAAUUGCCGAGGUACUCUUCGAAAUGUUGCUAAUAGUGGAUGUGAUACCGAAGAUUUCGAUGGAAACAUGCGAGAAACUCUUCCAGGGAUACUGCAUUUCACAGCAAUCUCAUUUGCAGUUCCUAGCCGCGACGGUAUUGGACCAUUCGUGUAGAAAGCGUGCGUUCUGGGGAGUAUUUCUCUCGCGCACAAUGGCGAAGAUGUUUUCGUCUUCGUACACCAACAUUUAUCCACAGGACCGAGUAUUUAUACUACUUGCUUACUUGGUUAAACGCUGUUCGGAGCGGAGUGUAGCCCUAGACGCUAAUUUGAAAGUAAUCGCAGAGGUAUUACAUCCACUCUCUGAAAAUUGCUCAGCAUUGGUGGGCGUAACGAUUGAUCUAUCAUUGUUAAGCUGGUUGUUGCUAUUUUUAUCACUGCAACUGGACUUAUCAAAGAGUUCCAUGCAGAACUCGACGCGUUGGGACUGGGUGACGGGUGAGUUUGCUGGCAAAACAAACGAGACCGCAAAUUCCACGUACAAACGAAAAUUGCACAAAAAGUUCUUGCUCUACAAACAACAACUGGACACGUUGGAUCAUAAGCAGCUGGCACAGGAACUAGCAGAAAAAAUGGAAGAAGCUUACAAAGGAACAUCUAUCAUGCUAGAUAAAAUGAAAGAUAUCAAGAAGAGCAUUAAGAUCUCGCUGGUGCCACCUUAUCUUCAACAACAGGGAAGCAGUAAACCGCUUCCAAAGAGAAGACGGGAAAUACCUUCGGAAACAGGCGAUAAAUCUCUUCCAAUUCAGGAUCCGCAAUAUAUCGAUGCCAUGCAUAGUUUAGCCGUGGUGAAAGGCAUUCUAACAUUGUUGCUCUCCAUAGAUCAUUCUUGCUCGGCGGAUUUGUUCGUUUUGUCGUGCAAGGUGAUUGCGCGAUUGAUAAAAUUAUCCAAUCUUUCAAUGGACGAAUAUUUAGACGACGAGAAAUUGCUAAAAUUAGUCAAUCUAGGCAUAAAUUCCGAUCUUCCUUUUGUCACGCACGCGUUGGCUUGUCUUCUUCAAGACAGUUUAGACAUUGGUAAAACUCCGACGAAUAAGGAACCUGACGCACUCGUCGCUUCGACCAGCUGGAAUUCCGAUAUUUUGCGUGACGUUGAAUCACUCUGCGAUUUUGAAAUUGAAGAUGCGUUCAUAUCGGAGCCUGUUGUUAAACAAGGUAAAACCAGUAUGAAUAGUAAUCAUCUUCCAUCCGUUUUCGAGUCGGAUGACUCUGAAAUUGAAGACUUUCUAGAUGAAGUCAUAGAGCGCGGCCGAUCGUUACUAAAGAAGGGCCCGAAAGCGUCGCUCUUGUCGUACGGCAGUUCAUGCGCUAUGGACCAGCGGCUGAAUGUGAGCGUUGAUCUGCAGGUCGAAAUGACGCUGCGCCGACUGGUACACUUCAACACCUACUCACUGCUGCAGAGUUUGAAUGCGCCCGCGAACGUGGUGGAGAUGGAGCGUACGCUAUUGAAGUGGCCUGAGCGCUUGCUGGCUCCGCUGAUGGAGGAACCGAAGAGGUCCUCAAAGGAUACGAACAUGCUUACUAAUUGCUUUGACAUGCUCUUCACAAAUCUAGAGCUUCAGUCGUAUUCGAAAAUCGAACAGAUUUUACAACUCUGGCUCACGCUCAAUUGCCAGUCGGAUGAUAAAUUCAAUCCGACGACGAUGCCGUUUAUACAACUUAGCAACGACGCAAUUGCCAGUUUAAUUAAAACUGUUGCGUGCUGCUCGGAUCUGACGCUCCGCACUUGGUGCGCGGCGCUGCAAAUUCUAACUUUGAUGUGCAACGUGCCACAGGGAAGUCUCUACGACACGAACGAAACUGACAUUGGUCGGCUUUUUGGCAAAACGUCGGUCAUUCUUUACCAUCCAGAUUUUGUUAAACUAUUCUUGCGAUUGCUGUCUGGUUCUGGGAUUCAGUAUUGUGAUAAAGGAUUGGCUGGCCCAGGAUUGUGUAAAGCUAUGCAUGAUUUUAUGAUACGGCUGCAAAUGCGGUGCGACGUGACGAAUCCUACUAGCGCUCCUGGUAUUAGAUUUAAGAGCCACAUGCUCAAAGUAGUUUAUCACUUGGUUCAGCCCAGUGGGCCUUUGGCUUCGAAGUUGGGCCCGCUGGAUGCACAGUGUAAAUUGUUACAUUCACUGGCAUGUCUUGACUAUAACAACGCGGACUUGAACAUUGCAAUGAGCAUUCUAGAGAGUACAGGUACUUUGACAUUGUCACAUGUUCUGAAUGCCGAAAGAAUCAAAUGUGUUAACAUCGGCGAACGUUUGAAUUCUUCCUCUGUGAAUUCAUUUAAUUUUAUAUUUGCUUCCGUUUUGGGCGGCGAAAAUACUAAACAAGACAAACCAGUGUCAUGGGAUUUACUACUCAUUUACCUUCUUAAAUUGCUUAGUAAUUUAAUCAAAACUCCAUUUAACGAUGGACAGAAUAAUCAAACAACAUAUAUGGAUACGGGUGGUCAACCAAGUUCACAAACAGAUGAGAGUAAAGCUGAACAAAUAAAUCAGGAACCAGUGAACCCACCACGCAGUUCAAAUGUACCAUGCUUAGCCGAUACUGUUCUGCAACAUCAUCCGACGGUCAUCCGUUUCUGUAAAGCUUUAGCUAGUUGUAAAACGACUACCUUAUCUAUGAUACCCCAUUCACAAAUCACAUCACAGAAUCCGUUAGCAGCAUUCACUGAUUCGGCAACUGUGGGUGAUGCUGUGUUUAAUGUUUUAUCAUCCCUGGCACGCAACGCGACCCAGAAGCAAUUCAUAAUGGCGCCGCUGCUGUUGUACCUGUCGCAGACUCCGCAACUCAGCGAACCUCUUAUCUGGUUCAUUAUUCAGGUUUUAGACUCACCGGAAUCGCUGAAUACAUUCGUUGCCGCCGGCGGCAUUGAUAUAAUAUGCAAAUCGUUGAUAACCAGCAGUAAUGCACCGAAUACUGUCUCAGCUAUGGGCAGCAUCGCUUCAGUCAUGCAACAUUUUAUCGGCCAGACCAAUAGAACCGACGCAAGUGCAAUUGGGGUACCUUCAAACACCAAAAAGCAACAACAGGCCAGUUUAGAAAACAAUUUGAAUUUGAUUAAUUUUGCACCACAAGGCAGCAUCAAAUGCUCAACAUCGUCAACUGCUCACUCACCCGAAAUUCUAAUCCAAGGUGGGCAAGCCGCUCACCGGAGGGCGCGUGCGCCGCAAUGGUCAUACCAUUUUUAUCCAGAAGAAGCACAUGCGGACCUCACGAUCACACUCCCUAGCGCUAUUCUACUCAGGGAGGUACACAUCCAACCGCAUCAAGGCACACUAGCCACUUGUCCAUCAGCGGUUUCGCUGGAAGUUUCCGCUAAUGGACCAUCUCGCCUUGUUCCUGCCUGUCCACCAAUUCCGACCAGUGGGAUGUCGUUCAUUCGGCUACAUCUACCCGCUCCAGAAGUUGUUAAUUGUGUACAGAUCCGAUUGUACAAGCCUCGAGAAGCGAGCAAUAUUGGUCUCUCACAAAUCCGCCUUCUCGGAACAUCUGCGUUCGGCGGCAACAACAAGCAACAAAUUUUGGACUUAGCGGAAGACGAAUCGCAUUGUCGAUUCAGUUUAGGCUGGUUGCGACUUUUUUACCACUGCUGCACAGAAAACAGUGAGGCGCAGAGUGAUAUCAUAGCCAAGGCAGCCGCGAUUCCUAAUUUAUUGUCAACCUGUUGCGGAUUGCUUUUGGUGCCGACGCACAUACCCUCACUGUAUUUGGGUAACUUAGGGAAAAUUGUGUGUGAGUUGUGCUUGCACAGUCGCGAAAAUGCGGCGCAAACAAUACGUAUGCUGCUGGAAAGCAAAUCUAACACUACAGAAUCAACAAUUUUCUACAAUUCAUCUGGCGGCAAACUUCUGUUAAAUUCACCAGGAGCGCAGUCUGCUUGUGAAGUCCUUUAUAAGUUGUGUAGUUUCCGAGAUGACGACACAGCUUACAGGAUGGGUUUGGUGCUUUCAUGGUUGACGGACACAACGUGCAAAGCGAUAGAAAACUCCAACAACAUAUCGUGCAGUCCCGCGUACAUUUCCAUCAUUGCGUCGAUUAUAUGGGAUGCCAAGGAGAGCCAUGCGGAGUAUUUAGAUAGCAUGAUCACUGCAAGUCUGUUCGAGACGGUGUACAACUUUAACUCACUAGUCAAAGACAAGAUCACUGCUCUGAAAUUUGCAUUAGACUCUCUGUUGUGUUCGCUUUGCUAUGUCAAGUCCGAAUUCUUCCCGUUGCUAUUGCAGAAAAUGGGCGUUUUGAUUCCGAAUCAAAGUACUGAUCUCAGGGCCCCGAUUUCCGACGAUCGGAAGGAGUCUGAACGAAUGACUGACGACAGUAAGCACAGUUUUGACUACUAUUAUGAGUGGUACGAACGGCUGAUAAUCAACGAUAUUAACGAUCUGUUGCUCUCUAACGAAGUGCUGGACACUAUUGCGUUGGUUGGACGCUCGCCGAUUGUGAUUCAACAAUUGCUGGACUCAAGGCUGCCGCAUAUGCUAAAUGCAAUUAUCUACGACUACUGCAACGGGCAAAGUGAAAAUCCCGCUGCCCCGAUGUGCACCUUGAAGAACGUGACUGCAAUUCUCAAGUUUUUCGCGGACAUAUGCGAAGAAAAGCUGAUGCGAGACUGGUUGGGAUCACCGGAAGGCUCCCACUUUUGGUUGCCACUUUUACAGUACCUGUGUAAAAAUGGUACCGGCAAGAAAUCGAGUCUAAGGUCAACGGAGCACACGUAUUUGGAGGAGGUGUGCGUUCGUUUCUUGUCGAAAUGUUGUUUAUGCCACUCGAACAACCAAACUUUGUUGGCAAAAGUGUUGUGUGAAGUUAUCUCGCAACAAACGAGUGGAAUUUCGGGAUUCUUACGUCGUCUUGUCCUGCAAUUAUUACUAGAAAGUGAGAAAAUAUUGGUCAGUGUGAAGGCAUAUGAGACAUUAUACAUGAACUCCACAGUUUUACAUCCGUAUAUGCCUUUGCAUCCGGCUUAUAAGCAAACGUACGGUCGUGCUCUCUUAUUCCUCGGCACUAAUACGACAAUUGCGGAUUUAUUAGAGCAAUACAUUUCGUUUUCGACGACGAUUAAAACCAAUCCAGCGAAUUUAAAGAUGGAGGCCUUUAAUGAGAUUCCCAAAGUGUGGACACUGUUGUCCUCCGAUUCAGAUUUGACCGUGGCUGCUGGCGUCACAGCUAAAGACAAGCGUGCAAAGGAUGCCAAAAACAUUGUUACCUCAACACCACUCAAGAAAAAGCGGUAUAUCACUGACGAAACGCGAGUGAACGACAUUGUUGACGGAAGGGUGGUGAAGUGCACAGCGUUGUCUGAUAAUCGCCUGCCUCUGGAUCUAACGUUGGCGCAAGUUUUGAAGAUGAUUGAAGAUAAAGGAACAUCGAGCGAUUUGACGUGCUUAAAUUUAAGUAUAUGCCAAAGCAAAGGAGACAACGAAGAAGAUGCCAAUAAGCAUAAACUGCUGUCUCAAGCACCGCUCAGUAAUACUCUGCAAGUAUUUAGUGCAAUGGGAGGCUUAGCCCUGUUGGCGCAACAUUUACCAACGGUAUAUCCCGAAACGAUGAGGACUCCACCGUCAGACAAACCCGCCUCCGACAAUUCUGAGUCUGAUUGGAUUAAGGUUGAUGGAAGUGACGAUAUCUAUGAGGAUAUUGAUGAAGGACUUGUCACAAGUACGCCGACCAAAUCUCCUAAUUCAACGCAGAAUGUGCCUGCCCAUUCGCUAACUGCGUUUGGGUUGUUCUUGCGCCUUCCUGGCUACGCGGAGGUACUUUUGAAAGAUAUGAAGAAAGCGCAUGGUCUCCUGCGAUUGGUAUUGGGAGUUACAGACGAUGGUGAGGGUGGUGACAUUUUUCAAAGUCCUAUUGCGGAUUCUCUUCCGACAUUGCCAUUCGAAGUUUUGAAACGGUUGUACGACGCAUCACCAUUAUCAACGGACGACGGAACUGUGCUAAGAAGAUUAAGCAUUUCGAUCGGUGUGAUUCAUCUGUUGCUCGCUUGUUUGGGUAUUUUUACGCAUCAAACGCAAAAUACGAAAGGCGACAAGGAUAGUAAAAACAAAGACGAUAAAAGCCAGUUGUACUGGGCGAAAGGUACCGGCUUUGGAACAGGGUCCACGCAGCAGAGUUGGAAUGUAGAACAGGCUCUGCUAAAACAACGCAGCGAAGAAGAACACGUUACAGUUCUAUUACAGGUCUUGUCUAGUUAUAUAAAUCCCAAAGGAAAAAAUACUGUUGAGUUGAGCCAGACGGUUCUACCAGCACAGUUUGAGGAGCUGUUGGCCAACAGUGCUGUACUGCCUGCUUUAUGUUCCUAUUUAAGAAAUGACUCUGUUUUGGAUAUGGCACGACACAUUCCUCUGUACCGAGCCGCCCUGGAGUUGCUGCGCGCAAUGGCGGUUAGUUCACAGUUAGUCAAAAUGUUGCUUCCACAAAGCGGCAGCAAGGAUCCGUCGAUUAGUACACUACUGAAGAACAUGAAGACCUGUGUGGACACUUACGCGUCCAAACUCAGAACUAACAAUAAUAAAAAUACCGGUAUGAAAAUCAAAUACAAAUCUGGGGAGCAACUGGAGGAGAUGGAGCGGGACGAAGGGCUUGCGAUGUUAAUGCCAGAUAUUCAGCUCACUGCCACUUUAGUCUGCAUCGCAACAGACAAAUUGAUUGAAGCUGAUGAGAAGCUGUACAAGGAAAUGACCCUUGAUCGACCUAUGAGUAUAUCACCAGAGGAGCAGUAUUUGAAGCUUAUGAAAAAACUACAGUUUGACACAUUUGAAAUGUUGGAGGAGCUUCCCGAAGGUGGCUAUAAAUUUACGAUAUCUCAUCACUAUGAAACCAACGUUCGAUCUGCGGGAGACGCAUCUCACCCAGCCAGAGUGAAACGCUUGGCACAAGAAGCCGUAACACUUGCUACUAGUCUUCCUCUGAGUCACAGCAGUUCCGUGUUUGUCAGAUGCGAUACUGAUCGCCUGGACAUUAUGAAAGUACUCAUUACUGGACCAUCAGACACGCCCUAUGCGAACGGCUGCUUCGAGUUUGAUAUUUACUUUCCACCGGAGUAUCCACUUGCGCCAAUGCUGAUCAACCUGGAGACCACCGGCCAUCACACAGUGCGAUUCAAUCCGAAUCUGUACAACGACGGCAAGGUUUGCCUCUCCGUACUGAACACAUGGCACGGCCGACCCGAGGAGAAGUGGAAUGCGCAAACCUCUAGUUUUCUGCAGGUGUUGGUGUCCAUACAGUCAUUGAUUCUUGUGCCUGAGCCCUACUUCAACGAACCGGGCUAUGAGCGUUCGCGCGGCACGCCGGCCGGUACGCAGAGCUCCCGAGAAUAUAACACUAACAUUUGCCAGGCAACGACGCGCUGGGCAAUGUUGGAGCAGUUGGCGAAUCCGUGCCCGUGCUUCAAAGAUGUGAUAUUUGCCCAUUUUUAUAUCAAGCGACAUGAGGUUAUGGAGCAGGUCGAACGGUGGAUUAAAGAUUUAGAAAAUGAUAAUAUUGAAAAGAGGACAAACCGCACGAGCAACAAGCGAAAUGUUUUUACCACUUUGGACACAUUCAAGAAGUUGUACGAUAAAUUGAAGAGCAUGUUGUUGAAACUCCCACCGCCGGAGGGUUUGGAGGACACGCCCGAUAAUGUGAUGGAGAUUGAGUCAAUUUCGACCGCGUCGCCUCCACCUGAGGAUUUAGAGGCAACCUCGCACAAAGAAAACGGUGUGGAGAACGAGGCGAACGAUUUGGUCGAGAUUGACAUGGAGAAGAUGGUUAGUGACAUGUGUGAGUGAUAUUCGUUAAACUUUUCUAUACAUGCAUUUCAUCAAUAACAACAAAUAAAAUAACAUCUGUUAUGGUUGCGAAUAAAUAACUAAAAAUUAUAUGAGAAGUGAUGUCGUCUGGGAAAUAUAAAUUACAAUUCUAGUUAUGUUUCAUUUUGGGAUUUUUUUGUUUGAUUUAUUCUAAUACAGAAAACACUACAUUCUAAUGUUACCACCAUUUAUUUAUACAAUAAGGAUGUAUGUAUAGAUGAUAUAUAAUAUAGAUGGAAGUGUUUUAGAACAUUCGUAAAAUUUUAAAUUUGUUUAAUUUAAUAUAAAACAUAAUAAAACAAGUAUUAUAAUUGUU